UGAAGGAGCGGAAGUCACGCGGGUCGGAGGUGGUGGCUAACGUGAAGCUAAUCUUAAGCUAACCCGGUGACCGGCGGGACAGACCAGGAGGAUCCGUCAAAGCGGCGGUUCGACGCGUGGACUCGGUAGAAAGCGUCUGUCACAGAUUCACUUCAACCUCCGGCUGCGUUCGAGGGAAGUGAAGUCCCACUGGAGCCGGAAGCGGAGGCACGAAGCGGCGACCGAGAAGGUAAGGAGCGAUGUCGCACCACUCCCGUAGCUCGUCUCGGACCGGGGACUGUAAAGUGUACGUGGGUGACCUGGGCAAUGGUGCUGCCAAGGGCGAGCUGGAGCGAGCGUUCAGUUAUUACGGCCCACUGAGAAGUGUGUGGGUGGCGAGGAACCCCCCCGGGUUUGCCUUCGUGGAGUUUGAGGACCCCAGAGAUGCAGAAGAUGCUGUCAAAGGCAUGGAUGGAAAGCUUCUCUGUGGUUCCCGUGUUCGUGUGGAGUUGUCGACGGGCCUCUCCAGGAAGGGCCGUGGGCGCCCCAGCCGACGCCAGUUUGACCCCGCGGACCGGUGCUACCAGUGUGGGGACCGAGGUCAUUACGCCUACGACUGCUACCGCUUCAGCAAGAGGGGCCGUCGCAGCAGGUCUCGCUCCCAUUCCCGGUCUCGCUCCAGGUCCAGGUCCCGUGGACGUCGUUAUCGCUCCAACACCCGCAGCCGUAGCCACAGCCGGAGCCGUCGCAGAUCUCCAUCUUACUCCAGACGCAGGAGCAGGUCUGGCUCUCCAGCCCGCAGCAAGUCCAGGACUCCCGUGAGAAGUCGCUCCAGAUCCCGCUCUCGGUCUGGCUCUGCGCCGAGAAGACGCUCUGUCUCUCGGUCCCGCUCACGCUCGGUUGCAGCCAACCACAAGAAGAGCAGCGUGUGGUGGGACCUGAGCACUGCACUGACACCACAGCUGAUCCCAGGCCCAGGGUCUGCCAGCUGGCGGUGUGUACGUCCUGCGGGAGGGUGACAAAGCGCUGACCUGAGAUCAGCCUUCUUCUGCAUCUGGUGUUAGACAGCGAGAAAGAGGUCGACCUACAGACCGAACCCUCCCAACAGUGAAUGGGUGACCGUCUGUUCAACCGACGCGCACGCUCAGACGAGAUCCGCCCACGCACAUACAGUUGUUCUACUUGAGCCAGCCAGCCUUCAGACGCACCAGAGGGCUGACCCACACAGAUCAGACCUCGACCACUUCCUUUUUUAAUCCAUUACCGACCUACCAGACCCCCUACCUACCUACCAGAGUUCUUCGGCCUCUGUCUUAGCUUCUGAGAGUGAGUGAGAGAGAGAGAGAGAGCUGACGAGAGAUCAGUCUUCAAGAGCCUCCCAGCGCAGUGUCUCUACGAGUUGUAGUCAUCCGUCCUUCAGUCCUAUCAUCCUUCGCUUCUGUGUUCUUGUUGUUUCUGCCACUGUCUCCAAAGGUAACCAAAAAUUAAACCCCCCUGACAAGCUCAUGUUGAUGAUGAAAGAAAAUGCACAGGUCUCAUGUUGUCUGGAAAAACUGGAGAUGAUAGAGCUAAAGUUGAGCCUUUUAUGUACGUUCUUACUAUUGCUAUAGAGCCACGGUUAGCAUUAGCAGCUUUUUGCCAGAGGAAAUCUUACAGGUCUGACAUUCAACUUAAUUUUAUAAUUGAUUCAGACUGUUUUGUUUUUGCUUCUAUCACUACUUUAUUUCACACCAAACCUUUUAACUGGGAACACAUGGAGUAGAACACAGGUUCUGGACAGCACCACCUCAUCUGUCGCACGCUUGACUUGAGUGCAGAUCAGACGCCACAGGGAAGAGAUGGGAGGGGCAGCGGAAAGCUGGGUAGCAUGCUGACUUGCAUAGAAGCAAUGAAGUGAAAGUAAUGGAAGCAAAACAAGAGAUGAAACUGCUGUAAUUUUCCAUCACUGGAGACGGCAAGUUAAAGGAAUUAAGUUUGGUGAACUUAAGCUGUUGAUGCUAACACUUAACAUAUAUCAGUAGUAAAAACGUACAAAUAGACACUUUUACAAGCAUGCACGGUGUAAAGAUGUGUGUCUGCAUGUGAGUGAAUGGAUGAGCGAGUGGGAGAGAGGAAGGAGUUUUAUGGGCUGAUAUUUCUGAGGAGGCUUUGUCAGAUAUGUUUAUCUUGUUUCACACAUGCCACAACAUCGUUACCAUUUUAAUCUUUUUUCACCAUUCUAAAAAUAGUAUAAAACUAAUGUUACCUUUUUCAAAUCCGUAGUCAUCCUGAGAUCCUAGAGAGUAGUUUCCAUGAGUCCUUUCUGCCCCCCCUUCUGUGUUAAUAGAAGUGGGAGGAUUAAAACUUAACGCUUCCAUUUACUGUAAAAUGUUGGAUUUCUUUCUCAGACACCAAAGAUAAUUUCAUGAGUUAAAUUUAACACCUAACAGAUACAAAUAAUCCAGUUUGGUUUAUUUGGGACUUUGAGUUCAAAGGACAGUUAACAAACAUCAGCGCCCAUCCAGUCUUUCACAGCAGGUGUAUUAAAAGUGGGAUGUACUUUUUUAUCUGAUCAUCCUUCCAGCCUCCCCUGUGUCGAGCUAACUCUGCUCUGUUUCUGUUUCAGUCGUUCCCGUUCAGGAAGUCCAAACCGAAGCCCUGCAGUAGCAGAUGCCUGAACGAUGAAGACAAUUUGACACACACACAUGCACACACACACUCAAACACUCUGCAUUUUCAGCCCUAAAAGCAGCUGCUUUUUUUUUGUACUUGUAUGUCUGGUCUCUGUUGUUGAAAUUUAUUUUCUCCCCAGGGCUGCAGCUUCUGUGCAGGCUCAGAUUGUUAUAGCUGUAGUCAAUGCAGUAGGCGGAAAUCUGAUUGUUUUAAAUGUUUUGCUGCUGUUAUAGGCCGUCUCUCUUCUCAGAAGAUUUAGGACGUUAAGGUAACACAGAGAGUUGCAGCUGACUUUUAGCAGUGGUUCGACAGUUCACAGUAAACUGCAGUUGAAGAAAAGCCCAGGUUUUGAGGGUGAGGACAUAGUACUGAAAAACUGCUUUUAUUCUUGAACCGUAAGUUUAUUUUCCCCCUUUGAACAGCAAAGACAGUUUUUUGUCUUGCACUCAUUGUGAAUUUUGAGUUUAAAUGCUGUGUAGUGUUUCCUCAUAUAAUGGCAUGAAAGAAAACUUCCUGGCCUGCAUGCCUUUAAAUAUGUGGCGUCACAUUCCUACUGCUUGUCAUGUCUGUGAUGCACUGCCCUUUUUACAAACCGAUCAGCUUCCCUCCUUGCAGAAAGACUUCUUCAUCCCCCCGUGUGUGGAUUCCUCAUUUGUUCCUGUGACUUUUUGAUUUUAAAGCACGUAUGAACAGCGCUGAAGUUUGAUUUGACCGUUUGGCUCUGUUCCUGGCUUCUACAGUGAGACAGUGGCAGUUUUAUUUUUGAAUAAACCUCUUCCACAAAAAA